AGUGAUCACCUCUAUUUUGUGGACUCAUCAUUUUGAAUUCAUCAGCAGCUCGUUUGUUACUGAAAAGCUCAGCAUAUUUCCUCUGAUUGCCUUCCUAUUUGGAUCUUUGCAGAGCUCUGAACCCUUGAACGCCCACCAUGGAUGACUUUGAACGCCGCAGAGAGCUCAGGAGGCAAAAACGUGAGGAAAUGCGCCUUGAAGCCGAGAGGCUGUCCUACCAGAGAAAUGAUGACGACGAGGAAGAAGCUGCCAGAGAACGUCGCCGACGGGCUCGACAGGAGAGGCUGCGGCAAAAGGAAGAAGGAGAUCUAUCAGGAGAAGUAACGGAGAAAUCAGAAGUUAAUGCCCAAAACAGUGUGGCAGAAGAGGAAACCAAGCGUACUGCAACCACAGGGGGAACAGAUGAUGAGGCUGCAUUGUUGGAGAGACUGGCAAGACGGGAGGAGAGACGCCAAAAACGUCUACAGGAAGCCCUGGAACGUCAAAAGGAAUUUGACCCCACAAUCACAGAUGGGAGCUUGUCCCUGCCCAGCAGAAGAGAAGUAAACAAUGUGGAAGAAAAUGAGACCACGGGGAAAGAGGAAAAGGCUGAAACACGCCGAGGACGCUAUGAGAUUGAGGAAACUGAAACGGUUACCAAGUCAUACCAAAGGAACAACUGGAGGCAAGAUGGGGAAGAAGAGGAAAAAAAAGAUGCAAAAGAUGAGGAGGUACAGGAGGAGAAACCGAAGGAGGCCCCAAUAGAGGAAAAUCAGGUAGAUGUGACAGCAGAAAAAUCCACAGAUAAAGAAGAAGUAGUAGAAACAAAAAAUCUAGCUGUAAAUGCAGAGGAACACAAAGCAGAGAAUGAUACAAAUGCUGUGCUGGAGGGGGAGCAGAGUGUGACUGAUGCUGUAGAUAAAGAGAAGCUUAGGGAUGAGGAAAAAGCUAAGGAAGAAAGGGAAAAACUUGAGGCAGAAGAAAGGGAGAGGCUAAAAGCAGAGGAAGAAAAGAAGGCAGCUGAGGAAAAACAGAAAGCAGAGGAGGAGAAGAGGGCAGCUGAGGAAAGAGAGAGGGCUAAGGCGGAAGAGGAAAGGAGGGCAGCUGAGGAAAGAGCAAGGGCUAAGGCGGAAGAGGAAAAGAGGGCAGCUGAGGAAAGAGCAAGGGCUAAGGCGGAAGAGGAAAAAAGGGCAGCUGAAGAAAAGGCUAAGCUAGAAGCAGAGAAAAUAAAGGAAAAACAAAAGAUGGAAGAAAAGAAAAUAGAAGAUAAACAGGUAAAAGAGAAGAAAGUACAAGAGGAAAAACCUCAAACAGCUUUCCUAAGAAAACAGGGGGAAGAAAAAGAGGUUAAAGUGGAAGCUAAGCAGGAAAAGUUACCAGAUGAGAAGCUGCGACCUACCUCCAAAAAAGAUCAGGUAAAAGAUGACAAGGAUAAAGGAAAAGCACCCAAAGAGGAAAUGAAAAGUAUCUGGGAUCGUAAGAAGGGAGUUCCCGAACAAAAGGCACAGAACGGAGAACGUGAACUCACUGUCCCCAAACUUAAAUCUACUGAGAACGCUUUUGGCCGCUCCAAUUUGAAAGGAACCGCAAACGCUGAGGAAGCAAAGCCAGGGUCUCAAGUCGAGGCUGGAAAGCGGCUAGAAGAUCAGCGCCGCCGCCGAGGUGAGAAUGAGGAGUUGGAGAAGCUGAAGGAGAAGCAGCAGGAGGCAGCGGCCGAGCUGGAUGAACUGAAGAAAAGGCGGGAGGAGCGCCGGAAAAUCCUGGAGGAAGAGGAGCAGAAGAAGAAGCAGGAAGAGGCUGAGAGAAAAGCCAGAGAGGAGGAGGAAAAGAGGAGGAUGAAGGAAGAAAUUGAAAGGAGAAGGGCUGAAGCUGCUGAAAAACGUCAAAAGAUGCCAGAAGAUGGUGUAUCUGAAGACAAGAAGCCAUUUAAAUGUUUCAGUCCUAAAGGUUCAUCUCUCAAGAUAGAGGAGCGAGCAGAAUUUUUGAACAAAUCCGCUCAGAAGAGUGGUAUGAAACCCACCCACACAACAGCAGUUGUCUCAAAGAUUGACAGUAGACUUGAGCAAUACACUAGUGCAAUUGAGGGCACAAAGGCUGCGAGACCAGCUAAGCCAGCACCCUCUGACCUUCCCGUUCCAGCCGAGGGUGUCCGUAAUAUUAAGAGCAUGUGGGAGAAAGGGAAUGUUUUUUCAUCACCGUCUGGGACAGGAACACCAAAUAAGGAAACUGCUGGACUGAAGGUUGGUGUCUCCAGUCGUAUCAAUGAGUGGUUAACCAAGACCCCGGAGAGCAACAAAUCACCUGCUCCAAAACCUUCUGAUUUAAGACCAGGAGACGUAUCUGGCAAACGUAAUCUCUGGGAGAAGCAGUCAGUUGAAAAGCCAGCUUCUUCUUCUAAGGUAUCAGCUAUUGGGAAAAAAUCAGAGACUAAUGGUUUGAGACAAUUUGAGAAAGAACCGUAG